AUGUUCCGAGCCUCAGCAGCAGGCCCUUAUGAUGAGGUCGUCACCAAGGCCACCGACGAGAACCUCACGUCUGAGGAUUGGGGCGCCAUCAUCGAGGUCUGCGACAAAGUAGGCAACGACCCAAAUGGCCCCAAGGAGGCCGUUCAGAGCAUCAUCAGACGCCUUGCGCAUCGCAACGCCAAUGUCCAGCUCUACACUCUUGAGCUUGCGCAUGCGCUCGCCCAAAACUGUGGGAAGAAUAUGCACCGCGAACUUUCCAGCCGUGCCUUUACAGAUGCCCUCCUCCGUCUCACCAACGACCGUAAUACCCAUACACAAGUCAAGUCUAAAAUUAUUGAGCAUAUGAAGAGCUGGUCCGAAAUGUUCAGCAGCGAUCCCGAGUUGGGCAUCAUGAGCGAUGCCUACAACCGUGCCACACGAAGCAACCCGAACAUCCAGCCCCCAAGUGCUCCUCAAAAGCAGGGUCUUACCGAGCUCGAUCGCCAGAAGGAAGAGGAUGAAUUGCAGAUGGCCCUCAAGUUGAGUCUGCAGGAGGAAGAGCGCAAGAAGACUGCUGCAAGCAGUCCAGGCGCACAAGCCGGCCCUAGUGGCCAGACAGAGAGCCCUGCUCCUGCUGCGCCGGCUGGAACCACAGCGGCCACGGUCAGCCGGGUACGCGCGCUCUUCGACUUUGCUCCUUCUGAGCCCGGAGAGCUGGAAUUCAAGAAAGGCGAUGUGAUUGCUGUUCUCGAGAGUGUAUACAAGGACUGGUGGCGAGGCUCUCUCAGGGGCAAGACUGGCAUCUUCCCGCUCAACUAUGUCGAAAAGCUUACCGAUCCCACCCCGGAUGAGUUACAACGCGAGGCUCAGAUGGAGGCCGAGGUGUUCGCUGAGAUCAAGAACGUUGAGAAGCUCCUCACAUUGUUGAGCACUUCCAACACAGCGCCCCGAGAGGAAGAUAACGAGGAGAUUUCCGCAAGCACCCAGUAUGAUGCAAAGUAUGACUUUACACAGCUGAACGAAAAGUUUAUCAAAGCUAGAAGGGACUACGAGGCUCUGUUGGAGUCUUCUAUGGCCCAUCCUCCUCAGCACAACUACCAGCAAUACGCAAUGCGACCGGGUCCCGGUCAGGGCUAUCCUCAAGCAGGCGGAUAUCCUCCUCAGGGAGCAGCUCCUCAGGACCCCUCGAGAUAUUAUACUCCUGGCCCACAAGAGCAACCUCCUUAUCAAGCAUCGUCUCCUCCCCCUAACUUCCAGAACCAACCUCAAGGUCAACCGGCCCCUUUCUAUGUAGCAGGAGCUGAAGUGCCCGCUGGUUCGCAGCCCUACCCUCCCCGGACCGAGUCUCCUUCCAAUGGCAAACAGCCAGCCCCUAUCAAUACUUCAACACCAGGCCCCAACUUCAAUCCUUACAACCAAUCUCAGAGCAACAACCCUUACACGCAAGCGCCUACGGGAGGACGACCUGGUAGCACAUACGGAGCCCAAGAGUUGGCUACAUCUGUCUACGAUUCCCCUAUAGCGACCAACAACCCACACCAGCCGACCUCGGCUGCCACAUUUUCAAGCUCGGUAUAUUCUCCGGAAGAGCCCAACGAGAACGCCAGCGCACCACCUCCUGGUCCUUAUGCAUCGCAUCAGCAGCAGCCUCAACAAUACCAGAGCUACAACCCUUCCCAAGUCCCUCCCAUGCCCACAGGGUCAGCUCCCCCUCCUCCUCAGAGUGUCAUGACACCUCCCCCUCUGAACCCAGGGAAUGCCGGCGGAUAUGAUGCUCGUCAUGGCCUGCCCAGUCAAGGUGGUGCUGGUGGUCAGACUCAAUACAAGCCUUAUGUGCCACCCGGCGAUGGUCCUUCAGCUCCUGCACCCGACAAUUACUAUCAGAGUGGGGGAGUUUACUAA